CUCUGAAUGUUAUUUCAGUUUUGUUUUGUCGCCUCGCUAGCGCUCGGCGAUUAUCAACAUAUUCAUUUAUUCAUUUAUUUUGCUCCGAGCUGAAUGGCAGUGCGUGCGAAUCCAUCGUCCUUCAUCGUAAUAUCGGGUGGUGGAUCCCAACUCCCCGCGGCAGAAAACUGCCGGGCCUCGGUGAAAAAACCAGGGGGCGCGCAGGGACCGUACAUUUUGUAUAUAUCUGGGGUUUUAAAAGCGCGAUCGCGUUUUGAUGCGGUGGCUGAGUUCUAGGUUGCCGGGCUUAGGCAUUCAGAACAUUCGUGUUGCUUAUUCUCUUCAUUCCAAAUGGCUUUGUGAACAAUAGCGAGCGUCCCUCAGGUACUAUUAUCCGGAUCCUCGCUAUGACUUGCCCCACGGCAAGGCAACAUCCCAAGGUCGAGCCAAUACGUCUUGAUUACGAGACUUGUGCGAAUCUCCAUAACAGGAUAUUCCAAAUAGCAUGGAGUAGUACUAACAAAAACACUGAGUCAUGGUCUCUACAGACCUGGUGGGAACGAUUUUCUCCAUCCGAACAAAUUGCCAGUCGUUUAAAUGCUGAUUUGAUCGAAUUCCUUAAACGUGCAUAUUAUCAUGAUAACGCCCCAGCAUUCUUCUAUUUUCUUCAACCUCUGACUACUUGCGAACAUCUGUUAGACGAUCCGUGGUUUGAGGACAGAGGAAAAGAUCGCUUUAUCAAUCUGCAUCAUGCGACUGGGUUUAACUGUGGAGAUGAAAUGGGUUUGCUGUUCGAUCAGUACACUUGCAAAGCGGCUUUUGUUGAGUUGUUUGACGAUGUAAUACCAAUCUGCGAUAAUGGAUAUGGCUGGAAACCACUGGAGGAAAUAUACGGCGCCUACCUUGAGAUGAUCAAGGAGGGGAAGAUUGAGGCCUGCACACCAGAUGGGAAGAAAAGUAAAGAAAGCAGAUCGGACGCUUUUGGCCCAUGGAUUUUCAAUGAUUAUACCACUUUUGAUAUUCAAAAGAGUGUCGAGGCCUUGAAAUAUCUUUUGGAUGUGAUCGAGGCUAAGAGAUCAAGCUGGCUAAAGCGAUCUGGCUCAGAAGAAGGAGGGGGAAAUGAAAAGGUUUCCCUUCCUUGGACGGACCCCGCUAUUCUUGAUAUUGCUGGCAUUCAACAGAACACUUUUGCAAGAGAGUUUUGCGAAGAGUCCGCAAAAUGGACUCGUGAGCUUUCCUUUCGAUAUAUAGCCCCUGGUAUAAGGAUACCUACCGUGGACGAAUUCAUUGCUCAGCCUUUCAACCGAAACGGCCAAAGGGAUACCUUCGGCCGAAAGAUGCCGGUGCUGCUUUUCCAAGCUGACAAAGGAGAACUAGUUUCCAACCAAACUGUCCCUAUUCCAAAUAACUGGCUCAAAUAUGGUGGCUAUACAGAUGUCCCUAUCACCACAGGACUAUAUCUAAUUGGCGAUCAUCGUAUGAAUCAGGCAUUUGAGAAUAGCUGUCAACUUUUGCUUCCAUUCAUGUUCGGGGCCAAUGGCUGGGCUCGGCUAAGUGAUAAUGAAGUUAUGGGAAUGGAGCCUAUAGAUGACGAACCGAGCCCUUUAGAUGUGAAUUCUGAGUUGUACCAAUCUGGGUAUAAUGGCUUUUUUGGGUCACGACAGGUUCAACUGCACAAGGUCCUCACUAACUGGGCUGACCGGGUGAAAUGCGGCGAUUGGACUGUCAACGAGACUGGAGUCGAGGGUGGGAUUGAAAAAUUCCGCGAAGCUGAUACGGAGGCAAAUUGGCAAAAGUAUUGGCUGACUUUGACAUGGUAGAAUUGUCUACUGGUCCGAAUCAUCUAUUUUCAAUACAUUUGAGUUUGUGCAUUAGCCAACAGCAAAUUAUCAACAAAUUCUGAGCAUCGCUGCCAUCGUUGUCGUGCCUAUGGAAUGGUUGUAUGCGAUUUCUAAAUACUAGGUCGCAACCGGAUCCUUCAAUGAGCUGAUGUACAUACAAAUACUUGGUGCUCAACACCGAA